CGCCACGCCCCUUUGCCCUGGGCCUCUUCCCUCAACCCAGUCCCCUGCUCGCUGCCUCCCCACAAGGCCGGCCCAGACUCCCCAGCUGCCGAGACCCCUGGGGCCCCAGAUGUGCCCCAAUGACCGCCACAUGCCGUGCCCUCUGUCCGUGGCCGCCUCCUUCGCCAGACCCCCCGCUGCUGCAGGGCAAGGCUGUGUCGUUGCCCCUGGCCCAGGCGCUCAGCGUCCAUUCGGGGACGAAUGUGUGGACGUUGACAGGGGCUGGGGACACCCUCGCAGGCGCCAGGCCAGGCACACACUGGGGAUGCGGGGACAUGGCCCCCGGGUCGGCUUCGGUGGGGAGGUGCCUGGGGCCAUGAGAGGCCGCACUUGGGUUUGGGGUGAGGACAGAGGUGGCUGUGACACCUGAGGGGCACAGGGAAGAGGGAGGAGGGACUGCAGCCAGGUGGCUCCCCUCUCCCCACAGCUCCCAGGCUGCUGCGAAGAAACCCCAGGUGUCCUCGCUGCGCCCGCUCUGCGAGGCCAUGACCGACCAGCAGUGCGGCCUGACCAGCCUGACGCUGCAGCAGCCCGGCCUCCUGGAGGCGCUCCAGUACCUGGUGGGCCUGCUACAGCACAGCCCCGCCCUGACCACCCUGGAUCUCAGUGGCUGCCAGCUGUCGGGACCCGUGGUGACCGGCCUGUGCGUGGCCCUGCAGCAGCCGGGAUGCCGCCUGCAGACCCUCAGCCUGGGCUCCGUGGAGCUGAGCGAGCAGUCCCUGGAGGAGCUGCAGGCGGUGAGGACAGCAAAGCCAGGCCUGGUCAUCACACACGCGGCGCUGGACAGCCCCCCUGCGUCUCCCCAGGAGCUCAGCACGGCCUUGUAGACCCCGCGGGCAGGGCAGCCAGGAGGACGCCCCUCAGCCGAGGAGUAGCUCUCCCAUCCGAG